UCCACCCCGCUCCCGCCUGGGGACAGCUUCGGGGACUCGGGCAAGCAGGUGGACGUGGAGGACCUGGACGACUUCAACGGGGACCCCUCCGAUGUCGCCGCGAUGUUCGCCCAGUUCAAGUCCGCCAUGCAGAAGUCCAUCACAGAGCAGAUCUCUGGCCUCAAGGGGGGCAUCGUGGCAUCGGUAUCGUCCCGUACAGAGUCUCUGGUCAAGGCGGUGGCGGCCCGGCAGCAGGUCACGGAGCAGACUCAGAAUGACUUCAAAGAGCAGCUCAAGCAUAUCAGAGAAGCUCUAUACGUUGCAGAGAGUACCGUACCUAUCAAAGAUUUUGGCUCAAUGGUUGAAUGGGAUCGCGAUCCCGACACCACAGUUUUAUGUGCGAACACCUCGGCGAAUGUGGCAGUGGAGGAGCUCAAGCGUGCCAUUACCCCGUGGCUGGAGGAGGCCAACAUUGAGUCGGACAAGUGGAAAGUUGUGGGUGUAGCGAUUAUCAUAUCACAGAUGUCCCGGAUGGAGGCGGAGGAGGCGAUCCGAGUUGGAAGAUUGAAACAUGAGAUCUUGGUCCAAGGCAGGGCCCACCGUAUCAUGAUCAAGGCGAGAGCUAAUGAGCAUCGUGCUGACACUAUGACCAUAGUGUACAACAUCCACAACUUCGGGUUGGCUAGGGGGCAGGUGGAUACGAUUGCAGCCAGGUUCUCAGCGGAGUCUUCUGUGGCAGCCCAAAGUCCGCACAGGACGACUGUUCUCGCAGUGGGUGGCUUCAACUAUGCGGAGACGGCGGCGAUGCACCUUCAUGUUCCUGAGAUUGACAAAGGCUUGGUACACCCUACCCGUCAAAGAGAGUUCGGUGACGCAUGGGCGGCUGCCUUCUCGGGGAUGACAGAACUUGGCCCAGAGCUGCCCACGCACUUUUUCAAAGAUGAUCAACGCUUAACACAGCUGGAUAGAGUAUUCAUAAGUACGCCACCUUGGGUACUGAUUCAAUGGUCGAUUGCUGCAACAGUUGCCUACCCGCCAGAAGAGUUGUUCGCUGAAGGCAUAUCGGAUCACUUACUUGUGCAGAUAAGCUUCGCCCCCAGGGAUUUGAAGCCAGAGGAGGAUCAGCCUGCGCCUCCCUUCAUAUGCAAGCAGCCAGAGUUCAAGUACUUCUUAGACCUGCUGAUGGGCCACUCGUACAUGCACAGCCUGCAGGCGAUCCCCAAGUGGGCGGAGUACAAGAGACUGCUGAGGGAAGCGGCUCGUCUGACGCGUAACAAGCUCGUGAGCAUGCGCUCGCCUCCGCUGGAG